AUGGGAACUGUGGAAUUAGAUGCAUCAACAAAGCUAGAUAAGAAACCCAAAGUGGAGCCUGAAAUAGACGAGAGCGAGCUCUCACCGAUAGAAGAAGUUCGUCUAACAGUGCCCAACACCGAUGAGCCUUCACUCCCAGUAUGGACUUUUCGGAUGUGGUUCUUGGGUCUUUCCUCUUGUUUGCUUCUUUCCUUCCUCAACCAGUUCUUCGGCUACCGUUCGGAGCCACUCGUCAUCACCCAAAUCACUGUCCAAGUGGCAACUCUCCCCAUCGGACGGUUCAUGGCUUCUGUUCUUCCUACGACUAAGUUUCCAAUACCUGGGUUUGGUUCCAGGCAAUUCUCGCUCAACCCGGGACCCUUUAACAUGAAGGAGCAUGUUUUGAUUACGAUAUUUGCUAAUGCUGGGAGUGCAUUCGGGAGCGGUACUGUUUACGCCGUUGCUAUUGUUACCAUUAUCAAGGCUUUUUAUGGGAGGAGCAUCUCUUUCUUGGCUAGUUGGCUUCUUAUCAUUACUACACAGGUGAUGGGAUAUGGCUGGGCGGGGCUCCUGCGGAAGUACGUGGUCGAGCCGGCGCAUAUGUGGUGGCCCUCUACUCUUGUUCAAAUUUCUCUAUUCAGGACGCUGCAUGAAAAGGAAGAAAAUGAUGGCAAGCGCCGCAUUUCACGAGCGAAAUUCUUCGUGAUCGCACUAGUUUGUAGCUUUUGCUGGUACAUCGUCCCUGGGUACCUUUUCAACACAUUGCAAAGCAUCUCCUUGGUCUGUUUGGCUUUCCCCCAUUCAGUAACUGCCCAUCAAAUCGGGUCAGGCCUGAGUGGUCUCGGCAUAGGGGCCUUUACUCUCGACUGGACAACAGUUGCCUCCUUCUUGUUUAGCCCUCUCGUUUCGCCCUUCUUUGCCAUUGUAAAUGUCUUCAUAGGAUAUGCCUUGAUAAUUUAUUUUGCGAUGCCAAUAUCUUACUGGGGCCUGAACCUGUACAAUGCCAAAACUUUCCCGAUAUUUUCAGCGGACUUGUUUACUUCACAAGGUCAGUUGUAUAACAUUACACAGAUUGUUAAUGAGAAGUUCGAGCUAGAUCUGCCAGAAUACGAGAAGUUAGGGAGGAUCCAUCUGAGCACUUUCUUCGCUCUCACCUAUGGAUUUGGGUUUGCCACCAUUGCGUCCACAGUAAGUCAUGUGGCCUUGUUCUAUGGAAGGGAAAUUUAUAGUAGAUACCGAGCUUCUUCCAGGGAAAAGGCCGAUAUACACACUAGGUUGAUGAGAAAUUACAGGGACAUACCUUCAUGGUGGUUCUAUUUGCUUCUUCUCGGCUCAAUUGUUGUUGGCCUUGCACUCUGCAUCUUCCUUAACAAGGAUGUCCAGAUGCCUUGGUGGGGACUGUUAUUUGCUGCUGCACUCGCCUUCGUCUUCACCCUGCCUAUCAGCAUCAUAACAGCCACGACAAAUCAGACACCAGGGCUAAAUAUCAUUACAGAGUAUAUAAUGGGGGCAAUAUUGCCUGGAGAACCAAUAACCAAUGUCUGUUUUAAGACCUAUGGGUACAUAAGCAUGGCUCAGGCAGUUGCUUUUCUUAGUGAUUUCAAGCUCGGUCAUUACAUGAAAAUCCCUCCAAGAUCAAUGUUCCUGGUUCAGUUCAUCGGGACCGUUUUAGCAGGAACAGUUAACCUUGGCGUGGCCUGGUGGCUUUUAACUUCUGUUGAUAACAUAUGCCACAAAGAUCUUCUUCCAAAAAAUAGUCCUUGGACAUGCCCCGGUGAUAGAGUCUUCUUUGAUGCAUCUGUUAUAUGGGGUCUGGUUGGACCUAAGCGAAUUUUUGGCUCUCUUGGACAAUACUCAACACUUAACUGGUUCUUCCUAGGAGGACUUUUGGGACCAGUUGUGGUAUGGCUUUUGCACAAGACAUUUCCUAGUCAGUCUUGGAUUCCCCUUAUCAAUCUACCAGUACUUUUGGGUGCAACUGGUAGCAUGCCUCCAGCAUCACCAUUGAACUAUACUUCCUGGAUUUUGGUUGGUACCAUCUUCAAUUUCUUCGUCUUCAGGUAUCGAAAGCAAUGGUGGCAGAGGUAUAACUACAUUCUAUCAGCAGCACUGGAUGCGGGAGUAGCCUUCAUGACAGUCCUGCUUUACUUUGCACUAGGCUUGGAGAAUAAGAGUUUGAAUUGGUGGGGUUCUAGUCCUGAUUAUAUUCCUGAACACUGUGAUUUAGCAGGUUGCCCCACUGCAAAGGGCAUAUCAGUUGAUGGGUGCCCAACAUUUUAA